UUAUCUUAAGUUCAUCGUUACCACCUGUUGUUUCAUAAAUUAUCCUAAUUAUAUUAUAUUUCAUAAUUAACUAUUAUAUUAGUAACUGUGUUCUUAAGUCCUGAGUUCUCCCCAGUUCAUUUGCCAGUUAUCGUUUGUAUUAUGUGUUAUGCUACACCGUGCUCCUGAAUUUCAUCUGUUUCUUCUGUGGAUUAUUAUUAAAAGACGAUUAUUUGGGAAAACUCCCGUGUUGUGUGCUCUUAUAGCAUAGCACCCGCAACAAUAUGGUAGAAAUAAUAGGAACAGAAUGCUAGAAUGCUGUUCUAAAAUUCAGCCUAAGUUUUGUCCAAUUAAAGGAACUGUUAACCAAGAACUAAGAUUUGCAGUUAAUUUGCUCAGAAUCUGUAAGCCAUUAAAGAUAUAGGUGUACAUUUUUCUUCAGUAGAACAGUAAAGGAGAUUUUUAGCUAAAACCGUGGUCUUUAAAUUCAUAAAAAGUCAGCAGUUGCCAGCACUUGAGUCUUAAAAAAACAUAUACAGGUAACACAAAAUUAAUACCUGUGGCUCCUGACAAUAAACUGAAGUCUUACAAAGCGAAAUGAACACGCAUACUAUUUAUAAUAUUAUUACCUAUAAUUCAUAACCUCUGGCAAACAGUCCGAGUAAUGUCCGGUUUGCAAGCAAAGUGCGUUUUUUAUAGCAUUGGUUUAAUAUAUUGGCUUCAAACAUCCAGAUCCAGACUGUCUUAUCUUAUAAUAACCCCAAAGUAAACUGUGAGAGCUAACAUUAUUUGUCAUCCAUCAUCGCCAACAUCAUACAUUACCAUCUCGCUCCGACCCAAGUGACUUGAUCACAUAUGUUCAAGUCACUUGGGUCGGAACAAGAUGGCGAUGUACCUUUUUUGACAAGACUUUUUUUUGUACAUCGACAUGUGCAAAAUGAUGAAUAAUUUAUUUAUGUAUUAUUAUGAUGUUUAUAAUGUAUUAUUGAUUUUUUUUGCAUUAAAGCAAAUUACAAACAAUGAACCAAACAUUCCUUGACAGCAGCAGCGGCUCAAAGAAAAAGAAAUAAUAAUACAAAUAAGUAAGAAGAACAGAAAGAAGACACAUACAACAUUGUCAAAUAAUACAACAGGGAAUAAAUCAAGGUUCCUUACUGAUCAGUUCAUUUUCAAUCGUCCAGAUACAUAGUAACAGGUGUCCACCUUUGUAUAAAAUUGUCCAGUUUCAGUUGGAGUUGGGCUAUAAAUUCUAUAAAUAGAUUCAAGUUUUUCUAUCAACUGGGCCAUUUUUGGAGGGUGUGGCUUCAUCCAAUUAAUUGUUAUGGUUUUUCUUGCACUUAAUAAGUGUAUGUGUAAAAUGUAUCUCUGGUUUUACUACAUAAAUCCUGGGGUAUCCCUUCAAGCAAGAAAAACAGGAGAGUAAAAGGCACGUCUAUAUGCAGGACUUUCAUAAUCUCAACCUUUACCCCUUGCAAAAAUGUAAAUAUUUUCGGACAUUCCCAAAAUAUGUGUGUGUGAUCUACCUUCCCACACCCCCUCCGACAUUUCUCUGCUUCUGGACUGUUAACAAAUUUUGAUAUCACCAAUGGUGUUCUAAAAAAACCUAGUUUUUGUUUUCCAGUCAAACUCUUUUCAUUUAUGACUAUUGAUGCCCUUAUGACAUUCUGUACAUAUGGUUUCCCGAGUCUCGUCUUCAAUAAUUCCGUUAAGUUCAGACUCCCACAUUGCCUUUAUGUGAAGUGUGUUAUCUGUUGAAUCAAGUAUAAGUCUGCUGUAUAUGUGUGUGACACGUGUAUUUUAUGUAAUGGGUGUUGUUUCUUUAUAUCAUUAGUUGGAACUUUUUUAAGUAUUUCCCUUUCCUUCUGAUUUGUAAUAUAAUUUCUUAUUUGUAAGUAUCGAAAGAAAUCACUUUUUAUGUAUAAAAUACAUUUUUCUUUAAGAUCAGAGAAUGAGUGCAAUGUAUUAAAUAACUGAUCAAUUAUUAUAAGACCCUUGUCAGACCAUCUUUUGAAAGUAGCAUCCCACCUAGAGGGUAAAAACUCAGGGUUAUCUUGAUAAGGUUACCACUCAUCUCAGUUUUUUUUAAACUAUUGUCCAAACUCUCAGAGUUAGCUUAACCCAGAUAUUUUUUAUUUUCAUCUUUUUUCUGAGAUUGGGGUGUUAUAAAUGCUAAUGCUGACAAAGGGGCAUUUGGUACAGAGCCCUGUUCCCUGCUAACCCAUCCUUUUUCAGCAUCAUUGUUAAUCCAAACCACUAUUGCUGUGAGCUGAGUGGUCCAGUAAUAAUAUCUUAAAUUGGGGAGACGCAAAAUAUUGUUCUCUCUCAAAUAUUGUUCACAAAUCUGUCUAAAUCUGUGUUAGUGAGCACUUCUCCUUUGCCGAGAUACUCCAUCCACCUCACAGGUGUGGCAUAUCAAGAUGCUGAUUAGACAGCAUGAUUAUUGCACAGGUGUGCCUUAGGCUGGCCACAAUAAAAGGCCAGUCUAAAAUGUGCAGUUUUAUCACAUAGCACAAUGCUACAGAUGUCGCAAGUUUUGAGGGAGCGUGCAAUUGGCAUCCUGACCGCAGGAAUGUCCAGCAGAGCUGUUGCCCGUGAAUUGAAUCUCCAAAGGCGUUUCAGAGAAAAUGGGGGCAAAAACAGAAGUGUUGCAUUUAUAAUUUUGUUCAGUGUACCUAGGAUGGUUUAAGGGUGAGUAAAUCAUGGCCUAAUUUUCUUUUUUGGGUGAACUAUUCCUUUAAUAGACUGCCUGUAGCAACUCAUAACGUAAUAACUGCACAUAAUGUAAUAGGUUAUUGUAAUAGGUUAACCUCUUCCACUCUGAUUGCCCGUGGGCGGGCAAAAGAGCUACGUAAUUAUAGUUAAACCUAUUUUUUUUAUGUUUCUGGAGAUAUUAUCACCCCAUAUAUAGUAUCAUUUAAAAUCUUAAAACCUCAUCUUUACACAGAAUAUAAUGAUAUUUGUGUAUAUGGAACACAAAUAAUGAAUAUAAAGCUUUUAAAAAACAAUCGUCACAAAAUAGCUCCUCCCCCAAAAUGGCGAUGCAGAAAUGUAAAUAUGAAUAUAUAUAUUUUAUGUACCUCACAAAACAGAAAAAUCAUACAUCAAAAGAAAGCUCUCAUUCUCAGAAAUGUGACUGUGUCGUUUGUUUUAUUGUUUUAACAUCAUAAUUCACAUUAUCUCCAUAAGAAUCGGGCAGUAAAAUAUGAUUUCUGUGAAAAAACAAAGACAAACGUCUCAUUUCUGCUUCGAUUACAAGUGCUCUAAGCUAAAAUCAGCCACAAACACUUUAUAUCAUCUUUACCCUAGGAUGUUUUCUUUCAAAUGAGCCCAUUUGUACUUUUCUGUGAGCUCCUCUUGGUAAAUAAUCCACUGUUAUGUCGCGGAUGUCCAGAACACAAAAUGCGCUCGACGGGAGAAACACGCGAUCUACACGCGAUCUACAAAUCAUCAUCAAAGCGUGCAAGGGUCCUCUAAUCAUGAGGAUUAUAUACAUAAUCAGGCACGUGUUCAAAGCUGAGGUUGUCUGCUCUCCAAUCACAUGUCAAUCAUUUAUCUAGUAGUCCAAUCACAUGCUGAAUCAGCCAAUGAAUUCAUGAAUGAAUCAGUGGAGUAGGUGGGCGGGAUCACGACCGGUUUGUUGUUGAUGAUAGGCGAGUAAAUAGUAACAAGUGAAUGACAAGUGACGGAGACGACUGACAGAAAAUUUAUAGAUAUAUUUGUAUUUUUCGAGCGUUUUGAUUAAAAAAUGGCAUCUGGAGAGGGAAAAGCAACUAAAAAGGUGUUCACUUGCGUUGAAGCAAUAUUAGAAGAGCUUGAAAGAGAAAGUGACGCUGGAUCGUGUAGCGAUGCUAGUUAUGACUCUGAAGUGGAAGCCGCUUUUCUUGAGGGAGAAGACCCUGCGUUUGACGGCCAAGACGCAUCUGAACUAAACAUAGAUGGGCCUGAGACCCCCACACCCACCCUUCCUUCACAACAUCCACAUGCUGUGCGACAGCAGAGGAGAGCACAGGGGACCAAGAGAUCUGCCAGUGUUGUGUUUGGUGACCCAGAUUUUGAUGAUGCAGAUUCUAAUGAGGAAUAUGAGGCACCAGAGAGGGCUCAGACUUCCAGGAGGAAGACCAGAGGAAAGUCUUCUACACAGGGGACAAAAUAUCCAGACGAGGCACUAAAGUGGAAUGAUCUAAAUGUGGAGGAUGUAGAUCCUGUUCUGCCACCUUUCCAGCCAAAGAGAAUUCCAGGACCACAGCUGGCUGUGGACAGGUCGUAUUCACCGCUGCAACUGUUCCAGCUCUUUUUUACGAUCUCUGUUUUAGAGACCAUUGUUAAAAAUACAAAUAGCUAUGGUGCAAUGAGAUCUUCGGCAGGAAAGAAAUUCCACUGGGUGCCUCUGACCGUUUCUGAGUUCCUUGCAUACAUCUCUCUCGUUCUCUACAUGGGUCUUGUGAAGGUGAAGACCUAUGUUGAUUACUGGGCUAAGAAACCUAUCUACAGUUUUCCGUACCCACAGUCAGUGAUGUCCAGAUGCAGAUUUCUGGCCAUCUCAUGGAAUCUCCAUCUGUGCAACCUAGAAGAGGAUCUGCAAAACUCGCGGAAAAGAGGAACCCCUGAUUACGACAAACUAUUCAAAAUUAAGCCACUUUACUCUGACAUACUGACAUCAUGCAUGACGUACUUUCAACCAGGUCGACGAGUGUCAGUGGAUGAAAGGAUGGUGGCUUCCAAAGCACGUGUAGGAUUUAAACAGUACAUGAAGGACAAGCCUACUAAGUGGGGCUUCAAACUCUUUGUCCUUGCCGACUCAACAUGUGGGUACACUUGGAACUUCUUUGUGUACGAAGGUAAAGGUUCACUAGUUAAAGGCAAAGGCCUUAGCUAUGAUUCUGUCAUGCAUCUGCUGAAUACUCCAUUAUUAGGCCAAGGCUAUCGGGUAUAUGUAGAUAAUUUCUACACUAGCCCAACCCUUUUUAUGGAUUUGCUGGAAAAAAAAACACUGGCCUGUGGAACCAUACGUCCGAACCGUCAAGGUUUUCCCAAAACCAGAGAAAAUGACCUCAGCAAAAAGGCAGAAAGAGGAGCGAUCCGGUGGCUCAGAGAUGGUAAGCUUCUGUUUGUCAAAUGGAUGGACACAAGGGAGGUCGUAAUGUGCUCCAGUAUGCACAAGGCAUAUAGCGGUGAAAAGGUCACCAGGCGUUCAAGGAAUCCCACAGGUGGGUGGUGUACACGGCAAAUUCCAAUUCCUGACACAGUCAAAGACUACAACAAGAACAUGGGAGGUGUGGAUCUUUCUGAUGCCCUUAUCGGCUACUACAAUGUCUUGCAUAAGACGACUAAAUGGUACAAAACAUUUUUUUACCAUUUCCUGGACAUUGCCGUGGUGAAUAGUUUUAUUUUACACCAACAGCUGGCAAAAGAACAGGGUAAGACCCCACUCACCCAAAAGGCUUUCAGAGAGGCACUUGUGUGUGAGUUGGCAAAUGCUGCCACCUCUGGAUAUGUGGAAGAUGAGAAAUGCUUUCCAGAAUUUUUUGGAGCAGACGGAACAGCUGAAAGAAGAAGAUGUGCCUUGUGCAACCUGGCUGGAAAACAGGUAAAAACACCUAUGUACUGCACAAAAUGUCAGGUGCCUUUGUGCUCUGUGCCAGGACGAAACUGCUUCAGGAGGUGGCAUAUUGAGGGACACACACUUCGGAAAUAAGCACUGCUAUAUUGAGCCCCUUUGUAAAACACAAAACUGUCUGGUGCUAACACGGGUCUGAUGGACAUCGAUGAUGGAGGCAUAUUCAUGUACAACAACUUGCAAAAAGUUUACAAACAAACAAAAGUUUGUGUUAUGUAAUGAGUUAUUUAAUUAGUUAUUUUGAAUGAGUUUCAUAAAUGUUUUCAUAGAUUUUUAUAAUGUUAACAAAAUAAUUUUCUUUCAUAUUUCUAUAGUUUCUCAUUUUUAUUUGUUUCAAUUUGUACAAGUGGUCUGUUUUAGACCACAUAAAAUCUACAAGACUGUUUUUAAGUGAUUCGUUUUUUAUUCUGAAAGGAGAAUAAAUUUGUUGUGCUUUUAUUCACAAAACACCAACAAUGUUACUUGGUCUCAUUCCUUUAUGCCAUUUUGCGUUUCUCAGAUACAAAGAUUAAACCUGAAUGUAAAUGAAGAAAAUCAAUCGAUAAUUAAGUAAAGUGCUUUAGUAUGUAUUAAAAGUAGGAUUUUUGGGGUAAUAUUAGUAAAAAAAAAAAAAAAUUGCAUUUGAGCAUUAGAAAAAUCCAAAGGACACAUAUAUGCACUAAAAAUGACACUUUGCCUCCCUUCGGUUAUAUUUGAAUAACUCUUGUUCAGAAUGUGAUAGAGAAAAAAUCUUUUUUUCUGGUGGAUACUGGCACAUAGUGUAGUCAAACAAUAUAAUCAGCAGGUCCCCAGAGCAAACAGAACCUGAAUCACAGAUUUUCAAAGACAGGAUUCUAAAAAAAAUUUUUUUAAAAAGGCCUAUUUUUUUAUGUUUAUCGUAAUAUUUUAAAAGCAUACAAUGCUAUUUAUGACGUUUUGCAAUCUGAUUUGGUAAAUUUGAAGGGUUUCCUGUACAAUGACACUAGCUUUUUAAAUUCCCUACACUGUAUGUGUCUAGGGUGAA